AUGUCAUCGAAUCUUGUUCAUCGUUUACGAACAUGGUCAUCAAAGCAAAUAUUUAUUGUUUUUGCUGCUUUUCUUGUUUAUGUUCUUGCUGAUGGUACAACAUUUUCAUUUGGUCUUUACGUUGAUGAACUUAUCAAUGAAUAUUCUAAAUCAAAAACAAAUACUGCUUUAAUUAUUAGUAUUUUAGCUGCACUUACACAGUCGAUACCUCUUCUUUUAAGUCCACUUGUAUGUUGGUGGACAACAAAAUUUGGUGCUAGUAUGACAUUAUUUAUUGGUUGUAUUAUUUCAGCUAGUGGAUAUAUUCUUCCAUUUGUUUUGCAAUUUUAUAAAACAUUUUGGAUAUCGGCUGUUAGUUACGGAUGUUUAUUAAGUGUCGGACUUGCAUUCUGUUAUGUACCUGCUUAUUUAACUUUACCAUUUUAUUUUGAAGAUGACCGUGGUUUGGCUACUGGAUUAGCUGUAUCAGGUAGUGGGGUUGGUCAAGUAGCAUUAGCAAUUAUUGUUAAAGCAUGUAUUAUUGACUAUGGAUGGCAUGGUGCAUCGCUAAUUACAGGUGGCCUGUUUCUCCUAAUGCUCAUAUCAGUAGUUGCAUUUCGAAAACCUGCUUCUAAUUCUUCUCCUGUUUCAACUCUUUGUCCUACAACAACAGAGCUUGUUGCAUUUUCGACUGUCUGUCCUACUGCUAUCACAGUUCAUGAAGAACAUUCACGAGAAGAAGAAACAUCGGCGACAUCAUCACGUGCUCGUCGUUCUCGUGGUAUGACCAUCGCACAAGUUCUACCACUUUUUAUUUCUUCUGUUCCCGUUCGUACUGGGAUCACUAUGCCUCCUAUUGAACCAGCAGCUGUUCGUCGACAUUCACUCAAUCUUCGACCACGUUUUCGUACCAUUAGUACAGAACCUCCUUCAGUUCAUGCUGUUACCACGAAAAAUUUGAAAAGAAAUCGUGCAAAUACUAUUGCUGUUCCACUUCAAACAUCGCGAAAAUUUGACGGAUCUUUUGAACGAAUUCGUCAACCUUUUCAUCCAUUUCCACUUGCACCCAUCGCUUCGGCAGACGAAACUAGUGACGACGACGAGAAAUCCCCAUCCUCAUCAUUACCAGCACAACCACCAUCAUCACUACCACCAGAACAAACAGAUGUAACAGAAGAAACUCUCAAAGAAAAACAUUGGUUACUCAAUAGUCGUUUUCUUCUCUUUUGUUUAUCAAAUUUUACUUUAUGUCUUGUUAUGGGUGUACCAUAUGUUAUUAUUCCAAGAUAUAUUUCUGAAACUUUUGGUAAUUCAGGUUAUUUAGCAUCAUGGACAUUAUCUAAUGUAGGUAUUGCAUCAGCUCUUGGACAAAUUUUACUUGGUUAUUUACAUGAUCGAAAAAUUUUUUCUGCUUGGCUUAUGUAUACAAUAGCAGUUAUUAUAUCUGGUGCAUCAUUAAUUAUUCUUGCUUUAUUUCGUUAUAUAUUAGUUGUUCUUAUUUGUGCAUUUAUCUAUGGUUUAGCAAUUAGUGCGAAUUAUGCAUUACAAGUACUUAUUGUUAUUGACGCUUUAUCAAUGGAUAAUAUGGCAAAUGCAUUUGGUAUAUUACAAUUUUGUCAAGGUGUGAGUACACUUAUCGGUAUUCCAAUUCAAGGUUUAUUACGUGAUCUUAGUCAUACAUAUAAGCUUUCUUUUCUUACAUCAGGUAUUAUUAUAAUGGUUUCGGGUAUGAGUAUGUUCCUGUGGCCAUGUUUUACAUCAAUGAAUAAGAAAAAGAUAAAUAAUGUUGACAACAACCAUUGA